AUCGGGAUUCUCCUUCGAGAUUUCCGAAUUGCUUAUCGAUAUAACAAUAGAUAGAUGUAACAUUGUAACAAGUGUCAAACGGUAACAGAGUAUUGCUCAAGAGUUAGUUGUAUUGAUGAAAGCGACAAACAGAGUUAAGAAAGUCUAUUGUAAUUCGAGGAUGGUCGUGACCCAACAGUAUUUAUAUAUGUGCCGGCAUCACCGGUUCAAUUUAGUCACCGUGGAAUUGUUCAUCAGCAAACAAUAAUUAGUUUCACGUCAUCACCCAGAGUGUCAGUACACCAAGUUUUAGUUAAAAGUUUUAAAUAAAUUCAGUGGUGGCUAUUUAAAGUGUCUUUAAAAUGAAGCUUCUGAUAGUCUUGGGGUUGGUUGCAGUGACAUUUGCCGCCGAAAAUAAAACCAUAAGUGCCAGAAGCGAUGAUAUCGAUUUAAUAGACCAAACCGAGGAUAACAGUGCGGGAAAUCUCCAGAAAAGAGAAUCUGGAUAUUUAUACUCGCGACCUCGUCCGUCUUUUCCCUCCAGGAUUAAAAACAUCAAAAAUAAAAGACCCGGCCACGUGGUGCGACCUUUUAUGACCUACGGCCCACCUAAGAGUCCGGCUUACUCUCCCUCGAAAAACAAGUACCAAAAUGUUAAUUCAAACCGACCGAAUCCGCAAUACCAGACUCCGGAUCCGUUAAAAAUCGUCGAGUUCACGAAGCCCAGCCCCAUCGCCAGCCAGAACGAGGAACCUUUCAAGGCAACUUCCGCGAACUAUCUACCCCCGAAGAAUCAGAAGCUUCCGACGCAUCCUGCGACUUACUUCCAGCAGUCUCAGAAUUUCCAGAGCCAACAACUCUUGCAAAAUCCUCCAAAUUUGAGCAGCCAAAUUUCAGACGCAGCCCAAUUUUUGAGGCAGAACGCACCCGCGAUUUCGCAACUGUACAAAGCGCCGGCGACCAAUCAAAACUACGAGCCUCUUCCGGAGCAGAAUCCAACCAUAAGCUCGCGGUCUCACCAAUCGGAAGCUCUGCCCUCAUAUGCUUCCGGUACUCUAGAGCCCUACCGGUCUCUCCAGCAGAUCCAGUCGCUGGAAAAGGACCAACUUAUAGCGGAGCUUCGUCAGCAACUGGCUACUGUCCAUGACUCUCAGAGAUACGCCACAGAACAAGGACACUUUUUUUCAAACUUAGACACCCAAAGUAAUAAGGGACUUAUUAUCGGGCAAUCUGCUUAUGGGCCUCCGACUGCAAGUGACCAGCCAGCCCUGGAAACUCAAAAUACCAAUCAAGGAAACUCUGUUCCCACGUCGUUUGGAAUACCUGCCGCGUUUCCGUUUCCUCAGUACGCGGGGGGACUCACGCCGGUAAUUGGAGGGACAAACUUUGUGACCGGUACCAGUUUGCCGACUUUCUUUGGAUCAAACGCUCCGGGACAGAUCGACUCGCCCACUCACUUCUCUCUUCCAAUUCCCAGUAAUAACAAGCCUCUGACGCCUGCGAACACAAAGCCUUCUUUCCCGUCUCUGCAUCCAGUUUAUGGGACUGGUGGACAUUAUCCAGCGCUUGAUCCUCAUCCUCAACUCCAACCACUUCCUCAUCCACAGCCACAGCCGCAGCCCAUUCACCCAAUUCAAACCGUCCAUCCAGUCCAUCCAGUCCAACCCGUCCUCGGAGUCCAGACAGCUCCUGUCAGCCCUGUAAUUUUAAAACCCGUAAAACCAGUCUUCCCGGUCUACUACCCGAGUGUUCCCUAUGUAAUACAAAAGCCGUCUUUGGCAGCCCCAUCCUACUCUGUAAUAAAAUCCGCUCAAAUUUGGUGAUUAUCUCACUAUUAUUGUUAU